AUGGCCAACCCUGUGCAGCCUCAGUUUCCCCUAGUGCAGGGGCAAGGCUCCACCUCCCCCUUGGAGCUGCCGGAGAUGGAAAAGCUCCUCACCACUACAGCAGUGGCGGACAAGGACGACAAGGCUCUGCGUCUGUCCAGGUCCCUCUCGGGGGCUCUGGACUUGGAGAACGGCCACAGCCUGCCCUUCAAGGCCAUCUCAGAGCGGCACCGGGAGGCCUCCCUGCCCCGCUCCCCUUCGCGGGCCAGCUCUAGGCGGGCGUCCUCCAUCGUCACCACCUCCUACGUCCAGGACCAAGAAGCCCCCAAAGAUUAUCUCAUCCUUGCCAUCGCCUCCUGCUUCUGCCCAGUCUGGCCCCUCAACCUCAUCCCUCUGAUCUUUUCUAUCAUGUCUCGAAGCAGCGUGCAGCAGGGGGACCUGGAUGGGGCCCGGAGGCUGGGCCGCCUGGCCCGGCUACUCAGCAUCACCUUCAUCAUCAUGGGGAUCGUCAUCAUCGUGGUGGCGGUGGUUGUAAACCUUGCAGGCUUUGUUGCACGAGUGUGGUACAGUGCCAGCAGCUGGGUCUGA